GGAUCUGCUGAUUUGUAAGCACAAAGGUCCAUCCUGCUGCACCCGAAAGACGGAGGAGAGUUACCAAGUUGCUGUUAAAAGAGAAACUCUUCAGAACGUUCAGUCUUACAGCUCUGAGCUUAAGCACCUCUUCUCCACACACGCACAUGCCUUCCAGGACAUGUUCCGGUCCCUGCUGUCCUUCUCUCAAGGCCAUCUGAGUUCUCUCCUGGAAGACACAUACUCGUCCCUGUUCCACCAUGCUCAGCCCCACGUGCACCAGCUCUUCUCCUCUCUUUCCCAGUAUCUCAGUGGUGCCAAUAUAUCUGUAGAGACCACAGUUCACAAUUUUUUUAAUAGCAUUUUCCCACUUGUUUAUGAAAAACUUAUCAAUCCAGACAUGGAGGGAAGCCUAAUGGAAGGCAGUGUAAUAAGUGACUGUCUCCGCACGACCAGAAAGGAAGUCAAUCCUUUUGGGUAUCAUCCAGCUCUUAUGGCUCAAGAGCUUGCUGGGGCAUUGGGGGCUGGCCGACAACUGAGUCUAGCCUUAAAAGAAGGUUUGAAGGCUAUAAAUGCUACAGAGGAUGCCGGCCUUACCAAAGACUGUGAAAAGAACCUUGUGAAGAUGAUGUACUGCUCCCACUGCAGGGGCUUGACCCUGUUCAAGCCCUGCAUGGGCUACUGUCUGAAUGUAAUGCGAGGGUGUUUGGCCAGUUUAUCAGAGCUGGAUCAGCCUUGGAGACGAUACAUCAGCUUAUUGGAGCAACUAACACUUGCUGUAGCUGGACACCACAGCCUGGAACUGGCCCUGCUGGGGGUCAGAGGCCAUAUUAAUGAGGCACUGCUCUAUGCACGGCUCCACAGUCCCAUCAUAACUACCAUGGUGGACAAGGUGUGUGGCCUGUCCACAGAGGAACCCACAGGAAUGCUGCCUUCUACCAGCCCAGAGGUCACAACCCCAAGCGUGACCUCAGCUUCAUCUGCCGCCCCCACCCAGUUUACAUCAGAACAGGAGCUGAAACAGUUUUCUCAUUUAAGAAGCCCAUUACCCCUGAAACCCUCCAAGAACAAUAAACAUAAUCUGAAAACGUUCUCUAGGGAGUUUUUACUGCAUUUGCAGCCCUUGAAGUCUUUCUUCAUGAUACUGCCAGACUUGUUGUGUAAAGGGGACACAGCAGUGGAAGACUCCACCUGCUGGACCGGACAGAAUGUCAAGGAAAGUUAUGAGAGCAGAGUCGUCGGAACUGGCCUUAAUGCCCAAAGGCAAAACCCAGAGUUUAAAGUUCGUAGUAUGGCCCCCAGAUUGGAAGAGGUCAAGAAAAGGUUGGAUCUUUUCAACCAGGAGACUCUGGAAAGGUUUCCACAACUGGAGGAAAUAGAAGAUUGGGAAGGAUUUGGCAGUGGGAAAGAGGAAGGCAGCACCAUGGACUGUGAUGAUGAAGAUGGUUGCCAAAGCUCUGGAGAUGGUCAAGAAAGAAAGUCACACGGAGGCGUCUCUAUUGACUCAAAGUCAACGGGGAGACAGCCAGAAGGCGACAGCUCAAAAGAAAACCCCUCAAAGCCCCCGCCAGUGAGGGUGAUAGGGGGCUCGCCAUCUGCCUCCUGGCUUCAGCCUUGCAGCCUUGCACUGCUUUUUGCUGGACUUGGCUUGCAGUGGAUGCUCUUGUGAAGACAGCCCUGUCUGUGUCUCCACCUUUUCAUCCACGCUCCCUGCGGAACCAACACGUGCACGGAACUCAAGUCAUAAACAUGUCACUAUUUUAUUUCUCACUUCUGUCAUCAGCCAAUGUAGAUAAAUGCUAAAGAAGGCAAGAGAGAGAAAUGUCAUAUGAGGCACCAUGUGGACAGCAUUAGGAACCUGCAGAUAGGUGGCCUACAUCGACAGCAUCAUCAACGUGGCUGUUUGCACAAGCUGAUUGCAUGCUUGCUCAUCUACAAAGAAUUAUACUUACUGCUUCCAAAACGCUGUUUGGAGCUAGACUUGUAUGCAAAGAAGCUCCUGAGCUCUUUGUUCAAGUCACCCACAUACUCUUUGUGAUUAAGGAUGCAAAAUUAUUAAGAACUUUUGCAAAAUUUACACACAAACAUGCCACAAAUAACAGAACAAUUGUCUUCUUUUUUUUUUACUGCUGAUUUUAUGUACGUUUUAAGCUACAAACCUCAUCACAGCAUUACACCAUUUGCCAGCCAGGUAUUAGAAUUCAGAUCAUUUUAACGCUAAACUCAUUCCUUUUUUAGGGAUUAAGGAAUCCAUGAUAGACUGGUCGAUCAAUCCCAGGUGCCUGUCCCAGAACAGCAGAUUUGAAAUGCUCUAAUGGCUGUGUGCCGUCACAAGGAUUAGAAUGUAAUGAGUUCACAGAUUCGGCACAGGCUUGACUGUGGGUCUAAAAAUACUGUGCAGAUAAAUUGGUUGUGUGUUACUGUGUGAAAGUCAUGUUUAUAUGUGGAAAGAUUUAAUGGAAUGUAUGAGGUUCUGAUCAGGAAAAAAACAGCUCUUAAGUGGUUAAGCUAAAUGUGUCAUUUGAUUUUUGUUUUACAUAGCUAUAAGCAGGCUCAACUUGCUGGUUUCAAACUGUUCAUCAAUCUGUUCAAAUUGAAUGGUUGUCAGAAAUAAAGCAAGGAUAUGCAAAGUUUUCCACCCAACGUCAUGAGAUGUAUGGUUGUUAAAUUUUUGGGAAAAAAUUUGGAGAAGAGUUUGCACAUUGUUGUGUUAUAUGUUUGUCGUGCUCCCUGUUAAGUGUUUGUUUGUUGAAUUGCACAUGGCUUCACUUAUAACAUAAAAGGUGCCAAAUUAAAAAUUCGGGUCCUCAAAGGAAUACAUUUACUGCAAAAAAAAAAGGAAAGAAAUACUUUUCCCAUAGUUCCUAACUUUCUGGCAUGAUAUUCUAUUUACCUUGUCAAUGGUUUGGAAUUUCACAAGACGAGAAAGAGUAGCAAAUGCUAAUAAACUGUCGUUUAAAAAGUUUUGCUGAACUGUUGUAGUUGCUGCCAGUUUUUCAGUCUUAGUCCUUUAUUUCAUCAUUUAUUGUAUAACUUUUUCUGGGAAAUUCAAUUUGUUUCCAUCUGUCAAACAAUUUUACAUGAAAAUGAGUCUUCUAUUUAAAGAAACAAUUUGUUUCCGCGAUGUUUCCUUUUUUUCUUUUUUUUAAUCCUGUGCAUUAGAUAAUCUUCUGACCUGAACGGAACAAUAAAUGCAUGAUGGACAGUAGAAAACAACAAACACUCAAAAAUGUAACUGCCUGAAAUAUAGAACUUAAAAUUAAAAUGAUCUGCUAGGCUAGUUCUGUGUUUGAAAUACAUCACUAUACGGUUAUGCUCUGCAAACAAUUUCUCCCAAAA